CCGGCGGGAGUUGAGAGAGAAAGAAAACAAUGACCUUAUUCUUCACUCGUGUGAGAAGGACAGAGUUUGCUAGCAGUCACAGGACACAGUACUUGUGCACCGAUAUAUAUAUAUAUAUCCCCCUAGACAAGGUGCGCCAUCAUGAAGCGUAUCGUAGUCCUAAUCGCCUUGAUUGCCUGGGUCAGCGCCAUCCCUCUGAAAUCGAGUAGAGGCAAGGCAAAUGACCCGCAAUACGGUCCCCAAUUCGGCGCCAGAGGUCAGCCUCAACAGUUCGGACAAGGUUAUGGACAACAAUUUGGACAGCAUCAGAGACAGCCUUACGGACAACAGCGAUACGGUCAACAACAGAGACAGCCAUACGGACAACAGCGAUACGGUCAACAACAGAGACAGCCAUACGGACAACAGCGAUACGGUCAACAACCACAGACUUACGGACAUCAGCAGAGGCAGCCAGCCCAGCGCCUGGCCCAACACCUUGGCCAGCAACCACCCAGCGGUCUGCCACAAGGUCAAUACGGCGCUCCACAGUACGGCAGCCAGUUCGGCCACGCACAAGGUCAAUACGGCGCUCCACAGUACGGCAGCCAGUUUGGCCCUGCCUCUCCAUCAUUCGGAUCCGUGUACGGUGCCCCCGUCCAAUUCAGCGGGAUGCCCUCCCAGUGCGCCCCAUCCUGCAUGGCCGCCUCCCCUUGCCCCUCUUCCUGUCAGCCAACCUGCUGCGGAAUGAACCCCUCCCAGCUUGCACAGUCGGUGGUCCCUGCCCCACAGUACGUGCAUGUCCCUCCUGCCACACCCACCCCUAAGCCUCCUCCAACUCCCAAGACCCCCAAGCCAGGUGCUGCCCCUAAGAUCAAGAACGGCUGCCUCCCUCCCUGCACCACCAGCGUGAUGGGAGCGUCUUACUCAAGCCCUGCUCAAUUCGUCAUGCCUCAGUUCCCUCCCCAGAUGCCCCCGCAGAUGCCCAUGUCCAAGCCCUUUGUCAUGCCCCAGUACCAGCCACCGCCUAUGGCCCCCAUGGGGUGCGCCCCUCAGUGUUCCCCUGUCUCACCCAUGUUCAUGGGAUGCCAGUCAUCCUGUCCCACCCGCUGCUGCAAACGAGGGUAAAGAGAGACCGGCCCACGUUUUGUAUGUAAAUAAGUAGAGUAACUCUUGACAAGGGAUCUGUAUGAGAUGAGAACAGGACAACAUAGAAGCUUAGAGUUCCUCUAAAGGCGCCUUAAUUAAACGCACUCAAGCCAUGAACGUUGGACAAAAAAAAAAGGCUCUCAAAGGCGAAGUACUGCUAGAAUGCCCGUGUUUUAACCAAAUAAUCUACUAAUCUACUAACAUAUUUAAUUACUAAUAGCUAAUAUACUAAUAAUCUACUACUAACAAUACAAACUUAUAAUAACUAAGUAAUAAUAAUAAUAACAUAGUAAUAACGAAUGACCAGGAGUGGCUGCAGUAAGGCCCUAAUGGUAGGCGUUAACUAAUUUGUAUGACGAAGCAGCGAACUCGGAGAUAUGCGAUUAUCGUUUGCAUUGUAAGCGGGUGAAGCUGAAAUAUUAUACACAAAUUUGUAUAUAUUUAUCAUUCUAUUUUCGGGGAAUAAAGGGUCGCGCAAAGGUGACUUGUGAAAUAAAAUUGACAAUUUGUUGAACUGA